AAGUCAAAAAUAAGAUGAUUGAAUUUGUACUAAAAGGGCAGGCCAGACAUGUUUUUAAAAAAAAUUUAUUAAUUGCCCACUUAAUUAAGAGUAUUGUUAUUGAGUAUUAGUAGUGUCACAUAUUUUUUAUAAGUAGCGUUUCACGAUUGAUAAACGAUAUUCCUUAUAAGUUAUACUUUUUAAGUUAUAUGUAACUUGAUACUUAAUUACACUAAUACUAAUAUGACACUGAAAAAGAUGCUAGACACCAAUAAUAUCUUUUAGCAAUUCUCAAUAAUUAAUUAUUUUCAUGCUAAUAAUCAUGUAAACUUAGGAAACCAAGUAUGAUAGCACCGUGUCUUAAGAUACUUUCUCUCUAUGCCCAAAAAGUCAUGAAUAAUUAAGAAAAUAAGUAAUAAUGAAUGAUAAUAAAAAAGAGAAAAGGUUAUGAAGGGUAGUUUAGUAAAUUGAAAUGAUUAAAGUGUGGAAUGGGAAUUUACUUUUUUGGGGGGCUUUGAAUUUUGAAAUUCUUUCUCUCUUGUCUUUUUUAAGUGUGAAGAAAGAAGAAGUAGUAGUACUGAAAAAUAAAAGAGGAAUCAAUAUCAUGCCUGCCAAAGCAAAAAGAGUGAUGAGAGAAGUGAAGAUGGGAUUGGGUUUGUAAUAAAAAAGAAAAAAGGUUUCUUGAUGUUGUUGUUUGAUAUUUUCACAACUUCAAAUGAAACUUGUUUGUUUCUUCUCUUCUUCUCUUUCUUCACAUUUUUCUAUUAUCAGUUUUGAUCCUAUAACUAACUUGUUCAUGCAAAAUCCAAAGAACUCAAACACAACAAGAAACACACACAGGACGAAGCCUUGGUAUCAGAAAGCAAUGGAGGUGGGGAGUCUAUGGAGAACAAUUUCCAAUUACAAGUCCACAACCACAAACGACACUACUAAUACACUAACACUAUGGAAGACAAUAUCCAAAACGACAACAGAAUUGUCAAGUGGUAGUACUACAACGACAUCAAAUUCUAAUAGACAAAAUAAUACCACUACUACCAAUAAUAAUAAGCUAAGAAAAUGUAGUUCCCUUAAAGUGGCCACUUCAUUGACUAGGGUAUGCCUCUGUGCACCCAUAUCAUCCUACAAUGAAGUGUUUAGAAGAGUUGAGAUGAACAACAACAACAACAACAACAUUCCUCCUAGAAGGAGCAAUAGUUAUCCAAGAUCAUCAUCAUCAUCAUCAUCAUCUAAUCAUCAUAUUAUUAAGCAUAUCAAUAAUAAUCAAGAUCAUCAAAUUAGGGUUUCUAGUACAAGUGGGAGGCAUAGCAUGGAAGGUUCUAGAAGAGUGAUAUUUAGAGGGAAAUCAUUAAGUGAAGAUGUUUUGAUGAGAAGAUUUGUGGUGGAUGAAGAGGCUUCUAUGAUGAAACUUAGGCGAAGGAACCAAAUGGAACUCAUUAGAAGAGGAAAUCUCAUGAAGAGGAACAAGCUUGGCCCUAGCCCUCUUAGCUCAAUGGUCAUGGCUACUCCCACUCAUCACCAAAUUUAAUUCAUUACUUUUUAUUAUUAUUUAAGCAUUAAUUCAUUAAUCUACUUCUCUUUUUAUAUUAUUAAUAAUAUAUAUCAUUUCACCAAA